GCCGAAGUUUGACUGAAGAGAGAGAAUUAUCUACACGAUAUAUUAUUGAAACAUUUUGUUUGAAGUAAUGGGCAUAAUUGAGUAGCUCUAACUGCAAAUUUUGGAUCCGUGUAUAUCGAAAGAAACAUCUGGGCUUUGGACACAAUAGCAAUUGAAAAUAAUAAAUAAGCUGCUGAUUGAAGACAACCCGCAUCUUCGACGUAUAACUUGAACUCUGUGAUAUCCCAGAGGAAUCAUUCAUGCUGCUAUUCCUUUUGUAUAAGGAGCUGAAAGAAGUGAAGAGUUAAAUCUGAGAGUACAUCAAGUUUUAAUUAAAGAGGACCACUGCAAUUUUCAAAUUAGACAUGAGAGCCUCACAUAUGUUGUUGUGUGCAUCUUUAGUGGUAGUUUUUGCACAUCUUACAGUCAACGGUCAAUUUUUCACCAAAACAAAGAGUUCCAUUCCACGAAUGGGCCGAAGAUCGGACUCAGCUUUGCCAAAUCUUGUGAGACGAAUUGCUAGGACGCUACGAUUUGUCGUCGAAAUGGUUCAAGAAUACGAUCAAGAUGACAAUGGAGAAUUGAAUCCUGAAGAGCUUAUGGCCAUACCUUUCAUACAGAAUGCCGUACGAAAUUAUUUAGAUGAGAGAGAGCUUCGAGGUCAGUAUCCAAUUGCAAGCGGAAAGGAAACCAGUCAACAGAGCUCAGAUGGACAACGUAGAGAAAUAUACAACGAGCACUUAAUCAUGUGAAGAAAUUCUUUUGCAGGAUAAUUGUGAAGAUUAUUUAAUUAUAUUCGGUGGAAAGCUAACAUGAUUACACCUAGGAAAAUUGCAGUGACAGAUUUACUUCUGCUUUCCCCUUAUUUCUUCUUUUGAGCAUAUUUUAGAGAGUAAUGUUGAUGUUUACUGCUUCAACACUUAUUGCUUACUGCUUCAGGGUAAAAUUCCAUUCAUAGCGAACUGGCAUUUUUACUGUUUCAAGAUCAUUUGUCGGUUCUUUCUCGGGGAGGAAGAAGGAAUAAUUAGAUUCCUGAAUUUUGAAAACUAAUUUUAAAAUAACAUUCAUUGAGGAGCUUUCCUUAUUGUUUGGACUAAAAUACGAACUUACACAAUUCACACUGUAUUCUAUCUUGUGGGAUUUUACAUUUUUGCUUUAGUUUUGAAAGGAUUAAAAGAACAUUAUGCAAGUUAUAUAAUAAACAAUUAAAUUGAUGUAUCUGAAUCUGCACUACAUGUUCCAAAAACUUUAAAAAAUAUUCCGUAAUAAGCUAACCAACACACUGAAAUAAAGUAUCAUAAGUGAAUAAAAUUAGGCAUGAAAAGAAUUUUUUAGAUUGCCCAAGAUUUUAUAUUGAAUUAAAGCAUGUAAAGUUAGGCAUGAAAAGAAUUUUAGAUUGGCUAACAUUUUAUAUAAAACUCAUAAGUAUAUAUUAUUUAUAUAAUUUGUUGCUUGAAAAGCUCUAGUCGAUUUUUAGUGCUUUUCAAGCAAUGUACGCUCUUCAAGCAACAAAAGUUUUUUUUUUAGUCCAAAGGGAUUUCAGUCCCGAAGGACUAUUGCUUUCGUUUUGGCAUUUUGCGUCGGACUCAUAAACGUUCGGUUCCACUUUUCAAACUGUUGCCAACAAAAUGUUA